AUGAGCAGUUUGUUUAUCUCCAGGCCCAAGUACACAGAUACAGUGAUCAACCACCUUCUGUGUCAUCCAGUGCCGUAUGACAGGCAUCUGGCUGAGUUGUGGAGAACUCUGGAGGUGGAGCUGCCCAGCACAACCUGGAUUCUGUGGAGGCUCCUGAGGAAGCUGCAGAAGUGCCAUAAUGUGCCCACCCAGGAGAAGAUGGCCUAUGUGGCUGUUGCUGCAACAGAUGCCCUUUAUGAGGUGUUUAUGGGAAACAGGCUCCGAGCAGCUGCAUUCCGACUCUUUCCUCAGCUUCUCAUGACACUGCUCAUCCAGAUUCACCACAGCAUCGGCCUCUCCAUGUCUGAUGUCGCCAUCCCAAGUGGCCUGUACACAGAACAGGAAACGUCUUCAGAGGUCACCCCUUUGUGCUUCGCCAUACAGGCUACAAAGACUCUCCUCCUCAGAACAUUGUGCUGGCAGGAAUUCAACAUCAUGGAAAAAAAUAAAGGAUGGACCCUCCUGGAAGGAAAAGAUUGCCAUCUUCAGGGAGUAUCUCUCCUUGCCAACGCAUUGCUGGAAAGAAGUCACCUCCUUGCACAUAAGGUCAUGUACUUGUUAGUCCCUCUUCUUAACCGAGGGAACGAUAAGCAUCAACUCACGUCUGCAGGCUUUUUUGUGGAGCUUCUCCAGAGUCCAGUGGCUAGGAGACUGCCCAGCAUAUACUCUGUUGCCCGCUUGAGAGACUGGCUACAUCAUGAAAAUAAUCUCUUUAAAAUUCUUGGCCUGAAGGGACUGAACUAUCUUCUCAGACACCAGGAGAUGAGGGAAGACAUCAAAAGCCUGUUGCCGAGCAUCUUAGACCUCUUACUUGAAACCGAUGAGAAGAUUAUUUUGUUGGCCGUUCAAAUACUCCUGCAACUUGUCGGGACAAUGGAAUUCACCACCCUGACUGCCAUGAUGAGGACCCUGUUCUCCUUAUUUGGUGAUGUGAGACCUGAUGUUCAUCGUUUCUCCAUGACCCUCUUUGGAGCCUCCAUAAAGUCUGUGAAAUACACAGAUAAGAAGGGUGUAGAGAACCAAGUCCUGGACAGCUUGGUCCCACUACUUCUGUAUUCUCAGGAUGAAAACGAUGCAGUAGCUGAGGAAAGCAGGCGAGUCCUAACUAUAUGUGCCCAGUUCCUGAAGUGGAAGCUGCCCCAAGAAGUGUACUGCAAAGAUCCCUGGUACAUCAGCCCUAGUGAAGUUGGAACAGUCUGCAAAUUCUUUGGAAAAAAAUGCAAGGGGAAAGUUAACAUCCUAGCCCAAACAUUGAUGUUCUCCAAGAAUGCAAAACUUCCUAUCAGAAGAACAGCAGUCUUGUUUGUAGGGCUCUUAUCAAAGUACAUGGAUCACAGUGAGCUCAGGACGAAGGGUACUGGCUAGAUAGAAGAUGAUCUUCACCUCCAACCUGGGGUUUCUUGCCACUUAGAUCUAAGAGAUCUGCUACGUGACCCUGAGCCCUCUCUGCGCAUCAUCACCUCCCAGGCUCUGUUCCGAGUCCAGAAGGUGGGGGCUGAAUCAGAUCCCGCACAGACAGUUUUCGGGUUGAGGAAGCUCAUGGGUUGUCUUCCUACCUAGAGAUGCAAGGCAAACAACAUCAGGUAAAAACUAAUCC